UUCCGGGUUGGCUUCUACCAGGAGCGUACGGGAUUCAAAUACCUAGUGACAGCAUGAGGGUUGUUGCUUUAAUAAGUGGUGGGAAAGACAGUUGCUACAAUAUGAUGGAGUGUGUUGCAGCAGGUCAUGAAAUUGUUGCUCUUGCUAAUCUGAAACCCCCCGAAAGUGCAGGGGAUGAGUUAGACAGUUACAUGUAUCAGACAGUGGGACAUCAGGCACUGGAUCUCUACGCAGAAGCUAUGGGUCUGCCUCUUUAUCGUGCUUCUCUCCAGGGUAGCAGCCUGGAUAUAGGGAGAACGUACACCCCACAGGAAGGGGAUGAAGUGGAGGAUCUGUAUCACCUUCUGAAGCUUGUUAAGGAGAAGGAGUCAGUGGAUUCUGUGUCUGUGGGAGCUAUCUUGUCAGAGUACCAGCGAGUACGAGUGGAGAAUGUAUGUCAGCGGCUUGGUCUUCAGCCACUUGCUUACCUUUGGCGUCGGAGGCAGGAUACUCUGCUGGAUGAGAUGAUUUCCCGAGGUCUGCAAGCCAUCCUCAUCAAGGUAGCUGCAUUUGGCUUGGAUCCAGUUAAACACCUCGGAAGGACAUUGGAAGAGAUGAGACCUCAAUUACUGAAACUCUCUUCCCAGUAUGGCAUCAACGUUUGCGGAGAAGGAGGAGAAUACGAGACCCUCACCUUAGACUGUCCAUUGUUCAAAAAGAGAAUCAUUAUUGAUUCCUCCGAGGUGGUGAUGCACUCAAAUGAUGCUUUUGCUCCUGUCGCCUACCUUCAAUUAGUUAAGCUCCAUCUUGAAGAAAAAGUUGGUGCCUUGGCUCUGGAUGUGGACGGAGAAUGCCCUUGUGUGGUUGAGUGCUGUACAGACCCUUUACCAGGUGUUGCAGAGCAGCAGCCUGUGAUUUGGGCACCACACGGCCUGCCGUCAGUGCCAUCAUGUGAAAUCAGUUACUCCCAGUCUCCUGGUGGAUUCUUGUGGUUCCGUGGCAUCAUGUGCAGUGGGCAAAACGUAUGUGAUGCUUCUCAGAGAGGAUUUUCGGCACUAAAAGUUCGGAUUGAGGAGCUGGGAUUCAAGAUAAAAGACGCUGUACUGGUCCAUCUCUAUGUGAGAGACAUGGAGGAUUUUGCUGCUAUAAACAGUGUAUACAAAACUCUUUUCCCGGAGGCUCCACCUGCUCGGGUAUGCGUGCAGUGCUCUCUCUCUGGGGAUACUCUCUUUCAGUUGGAUGGUCUCUUCUGGAAGUUGGUGCCUGAAGUUUGCAGUGAUGACUACAUACCAGAGAAGAUAGCCAUGCAUGUUCAAAGUAUCUCUCACUGGGCCCCGGCUAAUAUCGGACCUUACAGCCAGGCCGUAUGGGUUGGCUCUGCAAUAUUCUGUGCUGGACAGAUCGCACUCAAGCCCUGCUCCAUGCAGCUGGUUUCUGGAGGAAUUGCAGUGGAAGCCGUUGUCUCACUGCGCCAUGUGGACAGAGUGCUGGACGCUGUACGUCCUGGGACAUCUCUGAGCCACGUGCUGCUCGCUCACUGCUAUGUGACACAAAGCUCUUACAUACCCACUGCCGUGGCAGCAUGGCAAAAAACACAAGGGGAUUGUGCCUCGUGCCUCUCCGUUAUUGUAGUGCCGAAACUUCCCCGUGGGGCUGCUGUGGAAUGGCACGUGUUGGCUGCAGUAAGCAAUCCUUUCAGUAGAAGAUGCAUCUCCGUGGCCAAGCAAAGUGCAAGCUUCCAAGCCAAGCUGUAUGGCGUUGUGUCUAGCUGUAUGUCCAGUGCCUCGUUCACAGUUUCUCUAUGUGUGCCUCCACCUGCGGCUUCUUAUCAGGACUGGUCCCCUGCUUGUGAUAUCCUACGCACUGUACUUAGCAAAGCAAUAGCAGAUCUUCCCAUCGAGGCUUCCCUCACACCUCUCUGCUGCAGGACGUUCUACAAAGGUGGAGAUGUGGAGGCACAAGGUCUGCACGCAGGACUGCACAAACUUUUUGAAGACGUUUGGGGUACCAUGGCUCCACCUAUAGUCCUAGUACCUGUAACAAACCUGUCCACGUCUGAAGUCUUGCAUCUGUCAUUUUGGUUUUGCUCGUGACCCGGCGAGCAGAGCCCCAGGACGAGAGAGCUUUUGCGGCAUGUCACAGAAUGACUUGUUGGAUAAAGAGAAACCUUCUGAGCUUCAAAAUGCCAGUUUCAUCUCAGACUGACUGCUGGGUUUGGGAAAAAAAGACCAGAAUUUCAGGCAUCCUUUUGUAGAUCGGUCCCAGCAUCCCUUCCAGAACAAGCAAAGGGUUGGUUUGUAACAUAAAUAACAUUACAAAAAUACCAUCAGCUUAGUGGAUGCCACAGCACCUUGAAAAGAUCAAAUAUGUAUUACUUUUUCAUUGCAAUAAAAAUUGUGGUUGUAUAAUAUGCUGUAGGCUUAAGGGUUUGUUAAAAAAAAUUUUUUUGGAAUGGUGUAUUUCUAUGUAAAACCAUCCAGAAUUAAAUUUUUUUUUUAAAUGUUGGAGGCAUGUAUUCUGCAUAUGUAAGAUGCAUACAGAACCAAUUGUUAGCCACACUGUCACGCAGUGAACACCUCCCUGCCGUGGACUGUAACUUACAUUACUCACAGCCACACAAAGUUAGGUUGAGAAUUUAUAGAGUUAAAUCUCAGGACCUUAAAGGGAUAUUCCUGGCAACAAUACAACUUUAAUGGUCUUUGUAGGUUUUGGCCACUUUAAUAUGCAGUAUUAUAUGUAUUUAUUUGCAUGCUCAAAUCUUAAUAGUUUUUAUAGUAGCAAAAAUUACAAUGUUUUACAGUAUGCUGCACCAUACGCCUGCCUCCUUAGCCACUCUAG